AUGUCUGAAUUCGUUAAUACACCAAAAUCUGAGUUGAACGAAGAGCAGAUUAGACAGUUGGAGGAAUUUGAACUCAGUCAAGGUCCUUUGUCCGUCUUACAACAAUCCGUUAAGAACAACACCCAAAUUCUCGUCAGUUUGAGGAACAAUAGAAAGUUAUUAGCUAGAGUCAAGGCAUUUGAUAGACACUCUAAUAUGGUACUCGAGAACGUAAAGGAAAUGUGGACAGAAACCCCAAAGGGUAAAGGCAAGCAACCAAUCAACAAGGACAGAUUCAUAUCAAAAAUGUUCUUACGCGGUGAUUCCGUCAUACUUGUACUUCGCAAUAUCGCUUAA